AUGGAGAACGUUCAAAUCAACCCCUUAGGUCAAAACCCAGAAAUCCAAAUCCCAGAUCCAUCUGUUUCUUCCAGCAAUUUUUACUGUGAAGGAGAUAAAAUCUUGAAUCAAGAAAGUGAAAUUUCGGCCAUGGAAGAAGAUGAAAGUUCAGAGUCAUUAGCUGAUUCAAUGGUCUGCGAUUCUGGUUCAAGAUUAGUCCCGAAUGGAGUCCAAAAACCUAAUUGUUCAGAGGAAAUCGUGCUUUUUGUUAAUGCUGGUUCCAAGGAGUCAAUUGAACCAGAUUUUGGGAUAAUUGGAAGCCCUGUAGUCAGUGGCAUAUGUGUUAGGAGGGCACCACCUAGAGAGUCAGUCCCUUGCGUUAAUCGUGAAUAUUUUGUAUGCAAUAACUGUGCAACCGAGAUAAAGUAUUCAUCAGCUCAGAAAAAAGAAGUGCGAAUGAAAUCAACAGCCAAGUAUGAGAAAAUGAUACAAGAGCUGAGUGAAAAGUUGCAGCGCAAGACAGAUGAAUGCUAUCAAUCUUGGAUGUCUUGGACAGCUACUAACGAGCAGCUAGAGAAGGUUAGGAUGGAACUCGACAACAAGACAUUCCAAAGAUAUACCCUUGAUCAAACUCUGGAGAAGCAAGCUGACAAGCUUGGGGCGAUUUCAAAGAAAUAUGAGAAUGAGAAGAAGUAUUGGUCUGUGGCAAUCAAUAAUCUACAGCAUAAAGUAAAGGUGAUGAAACGAGAUCAUUCGCAGCUUUCUCGUGAAGCACAUGAAUGCGCUGAUUCCAUUCCCGAUCUGAACAAAAUGGUCUCUGCAGUUCAGACACUGGUUGAACAGUGCGAGGAUUUCAAAGUGAAGUACAAUGAAGAGCAAAUGAAGAGAAGAAAGCUUUAUAAUCAAGUUCAGGAGACAAAAGGAAAUAUUCGGGUAUUCUGCCGCUGCCGUCCAUUAAGCAAGUCAGAGGUCUCAUCCGGGCGUGCAUCAGUUGUGGAGUUUGAUGCGGCCAAGGAUGGAGAACUUGGAAUUCUUAGUGGAUCUACAAAAAAAACUUUCAAGUUUGACCGUGUUUACUCACCAAAAGAUGGUCAAGCUGAUGUAUUUGCCGAUGCUUCGCCUCUGGUGAUUUCAGUAUUAGAUGGGUACAAUGUCUGUAUAUUUGCUUAUGGACAAACAGGAACCGGCAAGACGUUCACAAUGGAAGGCACUGAGGUUAACCGAGGAGUGAAUUAUAGGACAUUGGAAGAAUUGUUUAAAAUUGCCAGUGAGAGGAGUGAAACUUUUGCUUACAGCAUUUCAGUUAGUGUACUUGAAGUCUACAAUGAGCAGAUAAGGGACCUGCUGGCUACAUCGGCAUCCAAGAAGUUAGAGAUAAAGCAAGCCUCAGAAGGGUUUCAUCAUAUCCCGGGGAUUGUGGAAGCCAAAGUGGAAAAUAUAAAUGAAGUGUGGAAUGUUCUGCAGGCUGGUAGUAGUGCUCGAGCUGUUGGAUCAAAUAAUGUGAACGAACAUAGCAGUCGUUCUCACUGCAUGCUAUCUAUAAUGGUAAGAGCUAAGAAUUUGAUCACGGAAGAGUCCACGAAGAGCAAGCUUUGGCUUGUAGAUUUGGCAGGAAGUGAGCGGCUCGCAAAGACCGAUGUGCAAGGUGAGCGGCUCAAGGAAGCUCAAAACAUCAAUAGGUCACUCUCAGCUCUUGGAGAUGUUAUAUCUGCCUUGGCAAAUAAAAGCAGCCACAUACCUUACAGGAACUCCAAGCUGACUCAUCUACUUCAAGAUUCGUUAGGUGGUGACUCAAAAACUUUGAUGUUUGUUCAAAUUAGUCCUUCCGAUCACGACUUAAGUGAAACACUGAGUUCACUUAACUUUGCAACUCGAGUUCGAGGAGUUGAACUGGGUCCCGCUAGAAAGCAAGUUGAUACCGGUGAGCUCCAAAAGAUGAAAAUGAUGCUCGAUAAAGCAAGACAAGAAUCUAGGUCCAAGGACGAAGCUAUGAAAACCCUUGAAGAGAGCUUACAAAACCUAGAAAGUAAGGCCAAAGGGAAGGAUCAGAUUUACAAAAACCAACUAAACAAGAUAAAAGAGUUAGAAGGCCAGCUCGAGCUAAAGACAUCACUCCACAGCCAAUCCGAGAAACAAAUUUCACAUCUUUCGGAGAGGUUAAAGGGAAAGGAAGAAACUUGUGAGAGACUUCAACAGAAGGUAGUAGAUCUUGAAAACAAGCUCAAAGAUCUAGAAGAAUCUAAGUCUACAGCAUACCAGGAAAAGGUUAAUUAUCUUGAGAAGAAGCUGAAAGAGCAAGUCCAAGAGUAUGAAUCUCGCACUGUAAUCCUUCAAUACAAGUUUGAUGAGCUUGAGACGAAGUUGAAAGAGCAGGAACAGAAUCCGGAGGUUACAUUACUUCGUCAAAAGAUCAAGGAACUCGAAGAUAAAGUACGAGAGCGAGAAAAGCAAUUGACACUCACGGUGAUUCCAGAAUCUGUCAAUCCAUUUAAAUCCACCCCUACUGAACGUGAACAAUCUGUUAGAGACGAGAUCACAAAUGAGACUGAGCACCGUAUGCUAAGGAGCUUAAAUUCGGCAAAACGCCAGGUCACUCAAGGAUCGGUUUUGGUAAAGGAACACAAUACUCUUCAAGAGGUUCGAAAGAAAAGAUUGUCAAGAAGGAAGAGUGAAGUCGAGAACAAUAUGGUGGUACCAACUCCAGUAAGUGAUAACAAAGGUAGACAAUCCGAUCCACCUAUACCUUUUCCCAGGGUUUCAAGAAUAACUAAGCCAGCCAUCUCUACACAAAGGCCUGUUAUUCACAACAAAACAAGCAGAGAUCCAGUUCAAGGGCCAAGAGGAAAACGAAACGUUUCUGGCAGAUCCUCAGCACAUGCUGCAGUUACGAAUGAGAUUACCUGCCUGAAUACCAAAGAGCAGCCAAAGUUAUCCUUCACUCCAGAGGAAUUUCACAAACUCAUGACCCUUGCUAAUUCAACACCAACUGAUUCUUCUAUCACCUCAACAUCAGCUAAUUCGUCUAUCAUCCAACCAACUGUCAAUUUUGCUUCAACUUCUCGAUUUUCUGAUACUGCUCCUUCUCCUAUUUCAUCUCCUGUGCAUUCCCUUCCAUCUGAUCCACCUUCAAAUGUUGAUCCUCAUGUAAACUCUCCUGCAGAACAUGCUCCAGCCAGAACUUCACUCAGAAUUCGUCAUACUCCAGCACAUUUGCAUGACUAUUACUGUGGUACAGUUUCUUCAGCUCAAUUGUCAUCCCAGGAUUUGCCUUCUUUUGGUUGCUCCACGAUAACAGGUAAUGUCAGUUUUUCUCCUGAUGACUCUUCUUUUGCAGGUUCUCCGGAUGCAAUCCCAAGGGUGGUGCAACAACCGUUUCCACUUCGAAGCUCUAGUCAAAUAUUGCAGUUGGCUGUGGGAAGACGAGCAUAUAGAGUUCUUGCUAGAUUUUCAAAUAUUGCAUAA